UCGGCCCUUUGAUUCAUUUCAUCGUUAGUUCGGUCUCGGUGGUCGGCAGUGAGGUGAGAGGCGACUGGCUGUUCUCCUGCAUCUCUGUCUGUCUGUCUGUCUGUCUGCUCUCGCUGCGUUCGUCAAGCCAGCGUGCCGGUCGGUACGCAUCAAUUGUCUGCCUCUCGUCACUCACUCAGUCUUUCACUAGCUGGAAAACACCCAAACAGCCUGGCUUGGCUUGGGAGGGCAGCGAAAAAGGUGUAUGUAUGUGGAUAUGGAUGUAAGAGCAACUCGAAUGCAGCCAGCCAGCCAUCCAUGCAAGGGAAGGGAAGGGAAGGGAAGGAGAAAGGGAAAGAGAGGGGGUGGGGUGGGGUACGAGAACCUACAGAUGCAUCAAAUCCACAUCGAUCAGAGCAGCCCAGAGCAGCCCAGAGCAUAGGUAGUAUCUGAUCAGAUCAGCCGCUUGCAAGGAAUCGCCGUCAGCUGACGGCAUCCAUCCAUCCGUUCACGGAAUGGAGCCAAACAAACAAACAAAAGGCAGGCCUUACUCACUUAAGUACUAGAUGGAAAAUAUCUAUAGACACACAGACAGACGGAAUUACUCGCUAGAAACUGGUCGGUGGGUAUUGUGUGGUCAGGUGGGUGGGUGGGUAUGUGUGCCGUGCUGUGGGGUGGGCUCGGUCGGUCAUCAGAGUUCCCAGCCCUUCUUGUGGCCCUUUUCGGUUGGCACGUAGACGGGCACCACCUCGGUCAUCUUGCACUCGUCCUUGUGCAUCUCGUAACCCUGAUAGACAGACAGACACAACAGACAGAUAUAUAUAUAGAGAGAGGGAGGGAGGGACAGGCAGCAUAGCAUGAGCUGUCUGUCUGUAGGUGUGUGUGUUGUGUGGUUGCCUUGCCUUGGGGCAGUGGUAGUCAGGCGGCACGUAGUUGGUCUGGACACACUUGGCCCCCUUCAGAUGGUACCCUGAUCGGCCGAUCGAUGCAUCCAUUGGGUGGACACACACGCCCCUCUCUCUCUCUCUGUCUGUCUGUCUUUUUCCCAUUGGCUGGCUGACUGACUGACCCUUGGGGCAUGCGACGGUUGGUGGAACGGUGUCGUACGAGACGCAUGUGUGGUCCUUGACGUAGUAGGUGUAGCCGUGGUGCGGACACUUGUACUUGACGUCCAUCUCACCGUGCUUGUAGCACCCCUUGUCACCCUCCUCAUAUCCUAUACACACACGCACACACGCAGAGAGAGAGCGAGUGUGUGUGUGUGUGUGUCUGAUGUGUGUUGCUGGGAGUGGCUAAGGGUCACUCACCCUUUGGGCAGUGGUAGUCGGGUGGAAGGUAGUCGUAUGUGUAGCAGAGGUGGCCCAUUAUGCCCUUCUCCAACUCGCCCUUGUCGCACACGUAAUCGGGGUACUCGUACACCGGCUGAAUGAAUGAACGAGCGGAUGCAGACACACACAUACAGAUAUGUGCGAGAGGGCCGCUGUGGGUGUGGGUGUGCGUGUGUGGAUGUGGCAGAGUUACCUUGACGCACUCCUUCCCGUUGUCCUUGUAGCUUUCCGGGCAGUAGUAGCGCAUCUUCUUGUGCACGGUCAUCUGCACUCACACACAGAUGGUGUAUGGCAUGGCAUGGCUCCCUGUGUGUGUGGGGCGGGUGUGACGUACGUGGCACUCCUUUCCGUCGAGCUCGUAGCCGUGCUUGGGGCACUUGAUGUCGGCGGGGUAAGACUCGUGCUUGAUGCACGUCAACAGGUGCUUGUGGCCCACCUCCUCAUAACCUACACACACACACACACACACACAAACAUGUCGACGGACACGCACACACGAGAGACAUGUCCCCCUGCCUAUCUGGCCCCCGCCCCCCUCCCCCAAGCACCCACACCCCACAGAAACGCACUCACCUUUGGGGCAACUGUACUCGUACUCGACCUUUGGGGCAGACAGAGACACACGAAGACACAGAGAGACAGAGAAGUAUGCACACCACACACACCCGGAGGUGGCCAAUCCAAUGGAUGUACCGGGACUUUCUUGAGGCACCCCUCUCCCUUGGUCCCUGUCUUGCUGUCGAUGUUCUUGUAGUACCCCGGCGGACAGACGUAGGUGGGGUCCUCGUAGCUGCACUCCCCGCCCUUGGUGAAGAACUCGCCGCCAUGGCCCUUGUGGUCGCACACCGUGCACAGCCCCGUCUUCUCGUCGUAUUCCAUGUGCUUGGGGCACCGCAGCUCCUUCUCGGCGUGGUCGUAGUCAUAGCACUUGCCGUACUCCUCUAUCGCUGCGAACAACAAAAGGGAGAGGGGGAAUGCAGGCAGACAGCAUAGGAGGGAGGGAGGGAGGGAGUGUGUCGCAGCAUGAAGGACAGAUUGGGGGGAGGGGGGCGUACCCUACCGGGGCACUCUUUGUGUGGCGGAGCGGUUGUUUUCUUGAUGCAGUGUUCCUUCUCGAGAUGACCGCCAUGCGGGCACCAGUAGAUGGCGUGGAUGGUGUCAUGGUACACGCAGUCGUCCUUGUCGCCUGGCUCGUACCCUGCACACACACAAAUGGAACAUGAGACAUCUGUCUGUCUGUCUGUCUGUCUGUCGUCUGUCUGGCCGUCUGUGUGUCUGUGCGUGUGCGUUGUGCCUUUGGGGCAGGAGUAUUCGUAGUCGGCGUAGUGAUACUGCACGCACUUGCCCUUCUCAUACUCAUACCCCCUACACACAUGACAUGAGCGCAUGGUCAGUGCCAGUCCGCCUUCGUGCGUGGCUCUCACUUGGGGCAGACGUGCGUCGGGGGGUAUGUCUCGGUGUGCACACAGCUCUGCAGAAGGAGAGAGAGAGAGAGAGAGAGAGACAGAAGGAGAGAUAAUAUAUGGGAUGGAUGUCUCUCCGCCCUUACGUCCUUUCCCUUGGGCGUGUAGUGCUGCACACACACACAUUCCAGAAUAGAGCGCGCUCAGGAAUUCCUCAUUCACCCACCCCAGCGCGCAGCGCACUCUCUGAGACAGCUCACUUACGUCAGGGCAUACGGGGAUCGGUUCCGAGUGGUAGGUCUUGGUGCACGUCCAGUCCUUCUUGUCGCCGCCCACCAUCUCGUAGCCAGGGAGGCAGUAGGGCUCGGGAUCUUGGUAAUCGGGACCUAAUACACACACACAUACACAAGAUGAGCGGGGCCUUUCUCCCUGACAAUGUGUGUGCGAGGGGCGGGGUUUGGUGAGAUCACUUACUGACACAGGUGAGCCCCUUCAUCUCAUAGCCCUUGGGGCAGAUGUACUCCGGCUUGUGGUAUUCGGUGACAGAGCACGUGAGCUCCUUGCCCUCGUACUCGGGGUACGAGCCAGGCGGACAUUGAGGCUGUCACAAAGACACCAAACUCAUCAGAGAGAAGAGGGACGGCCACCCACUCACUCACCUUGACCGGGACGAUGUGGUACUUGACGCAGUCCUUUCCCUCCAUGUGGUAUCCUUUGGGGCAGAAGGGCUCCGGCGGCUCGUGCUUGUCCUUGUCGUGGUGCUUGUCAUAAUGCUCAUGUUCCCCCUCGUGAAUGACACCGCCGAUGAUCUUGGCGCCGAGGUCAUCCUGACACGCCACCCUCGACACGAGCAAUGCGACAGAAAGAACUGCGAGUCGCAUCAUGGGCUUGUGGGGGGGCUUCGUUGACAGACCAGCAGCGAUACAGAGAGAGAUGGGUGGCCUUCUCACAGAUCUUCCAGCC